GCACAGAUCAUUUCAGUUUCAAUUUUGACGUGGAGCCGCGAAGAUCGUAACUCGUUUCGAAAAAGCAAAAACGGUGAAUAAAUACUGCGAAGAGGGGAAGAGGUUAUAACUUUUAUAUAGAGUAAAAUGAAAAUCCUAAUAGUAUUUUCACUCUUAUUGGCGGUUGCAUUAGCUGGAAAGGUUGGACCACCACAACAACAAGUGCCACAGAAACAUCUAGUCUGUUAUUAUGACUCCUCCAAUUUUGUGAAAGAAGGUCUUGGGAAGCUUAUUAUUGAUGAUUUGGAACCAUCACUACAAUUCUGUACCUAUCUAGUCUAUGGCUAUGCAGGAAUUGAGCGUGAAACCUAUAAGGCCAUCAGCUUGAAUCAAAAUCUUGAUUUAGAUUUGGGUAAAGGUCUUUAUCGUACAGUAACACGUCUAAAGCGCAAAUAUCCCAAUCUUAAAAUAUUACUCAGUAUUGGCGGCGACAAAGAUAUUGAAACUGGGGAAGAUGCUAAAGAUUUGACAAACAAAUAUUUGGAUCUUUUGGAGAAUCCAACAGGACGUGCACGUUUUAUUAAUACUGCCUAUGCUUUGGUUAAAACAUAUGGUUUCGAUGGUUUGGACAUGGCAUGGCAAUUCCCCAAAAAUAAGCCAAAGAAAGUACACAGUGGUAUAGGCAGUUUCUGGAAAGGUUUCAAGAAAGUCUUCACCGGUGAUUUUAUUGUUGAUGAAAAUGCUGAUGCACACAAGGAACAAUACACUGCGUUGCUACGUGACUUAAAGAACGAAUUCCGUACAGAUAAUUUCUUGUUGUCAGCUACAGUAUUGCCGAAUGUUAAUUCUUCAUUGUUUUAUGAUGUACCUAGCUUGUCUAGCUACAUUGACUUCGUUAACCUCGGAACUUUUGAUUUCUAUACACCAGAACGCAAUCCCGAAUUAGCUGAUUUACCAGCACCACUUUAUGAAUUGCCUGAUCGUAAUCCAGAAUUUAAUCUCAACUACCAAGUACAAUAUUGGAUUCGAAAUAGUUUCCCUGCUAAUAAAAUUAAUGUAGGCAUUGCCACUUACGGGCGUGCUUGGAAGAUGACUGAUGAUUCUGGCGAUACUGGCGUACCACCCAUUAAUAAAGUAGAAAACGCCGCACCAACUGGACCUAACACAGUAACACAAGGCUUCUACAGCUGGCCUGAAGUAUGUGCCUUAUUGCCAAAUCCUAACAAUGCUUAUGGUAAGGGAGCUAAUGCACCACUUUCACGAGUACUCGAUUCCACAAGGCGUCAUGGUGUAUAUGCUUAUCGCGCUGCUGAUAAGAAAGGUGAAAACGGUAUAUGGGUAGCGUAUGAAGAUCCCGAUACCGCAGCUGAUAAGGCAUCAUAUGUGCGUACACAAAACUUAGGCGGUGUCGCUUUGUUCGACUUGGCUUAUGAUGAUUUCCGUGGCUCCUGCACUGGCGACAAAUACCCAAUACUCCGUGCAAUCAAAUACCGUUUAGUCAAUUAAUAAGUUCAUUUAAAAGUAAAAAGAAGAAUAAAAUCGCUGUACCUUUGGCAAAUAUAUUAAUAAAUUACAGUAAACAAAAGGUCGACUGUGAAUAAAAACCUAAAAAAUUCAAAAA